AGGAUCAAUAUCAUCGGUAUCAUCGCAACACCAAAACAACAUGGCGGCUUACAACGUUCGUAGGCCGUUCAUAACAGUACGUUGUGGUAGCUUUUCUUUUUAAAGUUAGAUUUGACAACAUACCUAAAUUUUAAUUCACCACGUUGAUGACGUGGUGAGCAAAACCGAAACACUCCUCAAGCGUCCCAGGCAAAGAUGGCCGAGCUCGAGACCGAUGAAGAUCCCGAAUCCCCGAGCGCGAUGCACGUAGACGAUUCUGCCGCAGAAGCCGAGUCGGAGGCCGCUCCGAUGGACAGGGACGAACAGAGGAGACAAAUCCUGGACACCGUGGCGGCGUCCGACGGCUUUUUCAAGCACCAGCAGCGCAACGAACCCGACUUGACGUACGAGGAGAAGCGGAAGAUCGCAGAGGAGAUCCUCGACAGCAACACUGCACUCUUCCUCCAGCGUUUCUCGAGGUACCUGUACCGCGAGGACGCCUCUUACUUCGAGCCGUUGAGGAGGACCAACUACGAAGUGGAUUUCUACCUGCGGGAGCUGGAGAAAAAGCGGCAGAGGGGCCUGAGUGUGCAGACCAAGAACCGGCGCUACGAGGCGCUGCAGCGGCUCCAGUCGGAGGGAGACUACUUCAGCGACAAGGAAGUGCGCCGGAGGAACCCGCUUCUCUUCGAGCAGAUGGUGGGGCGCUACAUGACGGAGAAGGAAAAGGAAGACCUGGACAAGAUGGACUACUCGACCCUCACGUUCUCUGGCCUGCUGAUGCACCACAUCGACCGGAACGAACUGAGCAGCCGCAGGAGACAGCAACAGGACGUCGAGGAGGCCACCUUCGAGGAGAACGACUCGGACUCCGAAGACGAAGAGUGUGACGAGCCCGACGCACCCGUUGUCUCUGCAACGGAGAAAGCCAUGCUGAGAAGCGAGUUCAUGAACACAAUGUACGAGUCAUUCCUUUCUGGCAAGGACCAUGACUACGACUACGAGUCCGUGGACAACAACGCCGAGUACGAUUCCCUCAAGACGAGACAAAACGACGAAGAGGAGAAAUACUUUGAUGCCGAAGAACCCGAAGUUGUGGAUGCCGUUACAUAAGCUUUUGGGUUUGCUGCACUUUUUAAGACUUGAGAAGAAUAAAAAGGGGUGUAUAUAGUAA